AAGCGACGCUGGCGGAGACACCGACAAUGAGCUCCAGAGCAAAGUUCCACAAAAAUACAGGCCGAUAACAUCCUAUUGAUUUUUCAAAACGUUCGUUGAACCAAUCAGAGAGAUAGAACUAUUUUUAAAGGGUGAGGUUGUUGUUAGCUUUUUUACAAAGUUAGUGCGGAAAUAAACGUAUAAUGUGUGUGUAGUUAGAAUAUUUGGAACGAGCGCGAGCUCGUUUAAUAUCCUCUAAUGCAGGUGGCAACUCUUUUUCGCGAGUCCUCCACGUUAUUGGGAGCGACAAUGGAAUCGGGCGGAAGCAGUGGUGGCCAGGAUUCAAGUGUUUCUAGCCUUGUUCCUGGACCAUUGUCCUACGAUUCCUACAACCAUCCGGUGACCUUCUCGAAUAAGUACAAGUUAAAUAUGAAACUCGAACCCCAUGAUGAUGGUUAUGAAACUAGUGCUGAUUUGAUGUUAAAUCCCAGCAGUGUUACACAUAAUCAUGAAGUUAAAUGUGAAAAAUUGGAGGACCCAUAUAGUUUCAUUGAUGAUGAUCCUAUUCCAAUGCUUCCUGCGGCUCCAGGGCCCCCUCAUCUCAUGCAUCCAAUGCCCCCAGUUAAUAACCAACUUAUUCCUGGACCAAAAAAGAGGGGAAGGAAAAAGAAAAUUAAACCUGAGCCUGAAUUUACCCAAGAUAUGAACGGGGGAGUACCACGGCCUAUAAAAGAACGAAAAAAACAUGAUCGUUUUAAUGGAAUGCCAGAGGAAGAAGUAUCCAAAAGGACAUUACCAGAUCAUCUAACUGAAAAUUUAGAUAUAAUUAUAAUUGGGAUAAAUCCUGGACUUUUUGCGGCCUAUAAAGGUCACCACUAUGCUGGACCAGGCAACCAUUUUUGGAAAUGUUUGUACCUCUCUGGUUUAACACCUCAACAAAUGUCUGCAGAUGAAGACUAUAAGUUACUUCAAGUAGGCAUAGGUUUCACAAAUAUGGUACAACGUGCCACAAAGGGUAGUGCUGAUCUAACUCGUAAAGAAAUUAAAGAGGGUAGUCAAAUUUUGUUAGAAAAAUUAAAAAAGUUUAGACCUAAGAUAGCUGUAUUUAAUGGAAAACUUAUUUAUGAAGUGUUUUCGGGGAAAAAGGAUUUCAAGUUUGGAAGGCAGCCGGAUCUAGUUGAAGGUACAACUACGCACAUGUGGGUGAUGCCAUCUUCAAGUGCAAGGUGUGCCCAACUGCCAAGAGCUGCUGACAAGGUUCCUUUUUAUGCGGCAUUGAAAAAAUUCCGUGAUUAUUUGAACGGUUUGAUAACAGAAAUUGAUGAAAACGAAAUGGUAUUUUCUGAACCAAGUUUAAAGUCGUGCUACGAAGCAGAACCAAAGCCAGAUCCAUUUUCUCCAGAGCUCACUGACAUAAGUAAUGCUGUGAUCCAAAAUGAAGAUGGUACAAUUAUACCGUGUAAAAAGAAGAGAGGUAGACCGAAAAAAAUAAAAGUAGAAGGUGAAGAAUCUCCUCCAAAACCAGUAGUUCGGAAACCUCCCUCUACUCAGAAUAAUAACUGUGAUUUUCCAAAGAAAAAAAGAGGCCGGCCUAAAAAGGUUAAGGUUGAAAAUAUGGACUUAAAUCCACCAGAUAAUACAUCGACCAAUUUAUCUCAGUGUUAUUCAAACCCAUCUCCAAUCCAGUCUCCCAACAAUUUCUAUCAAAUGGGCCCAGCUAUGACUCCACCCAAUGGGUCUGGAAACCUUUAUGCUCCUCAACCCCCACAAGCAUACACUCAAUCGCCCCGACCUCCUUAUAGUCAGUCACCUAGACCACCCUAUACAAAUUCUCCAAGACCACAAUAUAGUCAGUCUCCUAGACCUCAGUAUAGUCAGUCACCACGACCACAAUAUAGUCAGUCCCCCAGACCACAGUAUAGUCAGUCUCCUCGUCCCACAUAUAGCCAGUCCCCUCGACCCCCUUACAGUCAAUCCCCAAGACCUCAUUCCCAACCCUUCACUCAUUCUGACUUAAGCUCAGAAAUAAGUGCGGCAAUUAGUUCUGAACAAUUGGGAUCGCCCGCUUCCCCUAUUGGUCCUCCAGAUUUUGAACCUCCUACAAGCAUGGCAGAAGAAGCUGAAUGUCGUUUGGGGAGUCCAGCUCCUUCGACAAAUAGUGAGCAAGCUCAUUAUCAUUACCAAUCGUAUAAUAUGGAUCCCCCUCAUCAACCAGAACAAUAUUCAUCUCCAAGACAAACACAAGAUAUUGCUACUAAAAGUUUAUCGGGUUUGGAAUCUUUAGUAGAUCAAAUACCAAGUAUAACUGAAGGUGAUGCUCCUCUAGGUGAAGCACCUGACCAAUAUGCCGGCCAGUUCAAUAAUUAUAAUGUAUCAUCCUCAUCUAGGGCUAGUCCUAUUCCAUAUAAUUAUCCCCCAAGUUCAGGGUACCCCCUGUAUCCUACUCCAACGUGGAGUGGUCACUAUGAACCAAUGCCUAUUGGUUACCCACAAAUACCGUAUGCUCAGAGCUAUGCACCAGGUUUGCAUGUUCCAAGUCCAAACUAUCCAUAUUAUAGUUACCCCCAAGCUACACCGACUCAUCCACCAGGCUACCCACCCUAUUUGGGAGGAUUCUGAUUGGUUUACGUCAGUGUGUUUUCAUGUUGUGUACCUGUACCAUAUGUUCAGCUAGUACCUAGCAAGUCUGUCCGCUUGAGUACAGUUGGUCACUUGCAUUUGACAACAACAGAGACUUGCACAGGGUAAAUGGUGAUAUUUUUUUGUCAUAAGUAUUUUUCUCUAAACUUUGAAUGUUAGAUAGGCCAACAAGGGUUUUGUGCAUUAUUCUACAUUCAGAUCUCGGUCUCGAUUGAGUGUGUGUGUCAAUCUGAGUGUGAGGUUCAUCGUUAUAGUUGUAGCCCAUGUCAUUCAUUUAAAAUAAACAUUUGUUAUAGCUCUUCAGGUCGUCUUUUCUUGUCCCUUGCCCUUAUUCCCACAUAUCACUGCAUUCAAAAUGGGUCAUCACUAAACAAUCUGUAGGUGUUGACUCAAAGAAAAAAUAAAAAAAAAAAGAAAAAUACUUUUAUAUAGUAACAGAACUGAUAUUUAUUUAAUAAUUAUUACCUAUUCAAUGUGUUAUUACAAAAAAGUGACUUUUUUUAUAUCUAAUGUUAUAUUUAAUACUCGUACUAGUUUCACAUUUUUAAGAAACUUCUAUCCUCAAUUUUUGUACUUUAAGCAGUAUUAGAAUUUACGGAAAAAAAUGAUCAAAUAAAUUUUGUUUAGUUCUUC